ACACUCCUGUCUCGCACCCAGCCGCUAAAAUUACUUUACAAUUUUAUAUUUGAUUUCCUGCCAGAUGUUAGUAAUGCCCCAGUUAAUUAUGCUUUUCUGAGCAUUGUGGUUUUGAUUUGACCUAUUAACCCAGUAUAGCUUGCAUUGGGUUCCCCAUAUUGCUUCAGCAUCACAGUGUAGCCUUUCAUUAGGAUAUGGUUGUCAUGACAACCUCCCUCCGGAAGAUGUGUAACCUUUGUCUACCCCCCAUGUGUGGUGCAGAUGUUCACAUUAUUCUGUUGAGGUCGUGUCGUUUCCCUUUUGGAGAACACACCGGAGCAGUGCUUGGAUUUUAGUUUACACCGUGUUGUGUGUGUGUGUGGGGGGGGGGGGUGAUCUACAUUUUAUAAAUCAGUCUCUGAGGCUGCGUGAUGCUUCUUCAUUUAUGGUAUGAAUCAGCAGAAGAGUUUGCAGUGAAACAUUUUUGCUCUCCCUCCUACCACAGCGUCUUUGGACACUAAAUACGGACUAAAUCUCCUUCUCAGUAUUACUCAUUCAACUAACUUGGCAGAGAUUUGAGGGCUAAAAUAAUUAAUUGAAGGAAGGGUCGGUUUGUGUGUGUGUGUGUUUUUUCCCCUCCUCUUGACAGAUUGCAGAGAUCACGGCAAUCUGUUAAGAGUCCCAACUGUUGCCUCUUCAUUACAUACAGUAUAAUCCACUCUUAUGUCAGAGAAGAGCCAAAGCGACCCCUGAAAUCAAACAAAUCUUUGUCCCGCACGGUGUCAUGAUUUGUAGACUAAUAAAUAACUAGGUGUUGUGUUGUCAUGGAUACUGUCCAUGCCAUUUAUUAACAACACCGGUUGUAUGAUUGGCUUAAAGUGGAGAGGAGAGCUACACAGCAUCUGGUUAAAUAAUUCUAGUUUAUCAAAUUACAUUAGAAAGUAAUCACGGACACCUUAUGGAACUACACUUAAAUCCCAUGUAUUGAUAUUGUGGUAAGUAAUAAAGUCAGUUGCAUGACUGUUAAAUUGUAAACAUGAGCAUCUCAGGCAAUAUGAAAUAAACUGUAAAACAACAACAGCUAUACUUUUGGAGGGAGUAUUGAUUUUGUCUUGUUCUCGACAAGGAGAGAAACCAAAUCUCACUGAAUCAAUGGUGGAACUGUCUUGAGUGAAUGUACAGAUAAUAGCAGAAAGAAAGAAAAUCAAUAAUGUAGUCUAUUUGUAUUUUACCCCUCAGGUCCUUUCAUAGAGGCUGCGUGGCUGAAAGAACAAUGGACCAUCACUUUAUUGACCUGUGAGACUUUUUAGUGCACAAACGGAACAUGUCGGUGUGUCCGUGACAUGUUCUCUUGGUUCAAGGACAGCUCAGGUUUCAGAAAUGACCGUCUGCGUGAGAUGCAGAGAAGCAUGUGCUUCAUCUUCAAUUCAUUUGUCCCUUUUAAAUUACAAUAUAGGUACAAGUAAACUUUAUUUUUUUUAAAAAAAGUAAAACACACAGCCCCACAGCUAUGGUCUAAAAUCAGUGCUCCACAAUUCAGCAUCACAAUCUUUGAUUGUCUGUGUGAUUUUGAAAACAGGCCUCAGGGGUUGUCUGGUGGAUGUUAGAAUGAUGUUGUUUAGUUAAGGGUUUUGGUUUGGAGUGAGUGGCUUGGAGCAGCAGUGUGGAUCUAGCUCAUCUUAUGAGGAAGUUGUUGGAAAUUAAGAAAUGACAUAACCACAGUUUUCUUCGUGGCUUUGUUUGGUGCGUCUGCUGACCACGCCUUCCUGUCGCCACGGUCUUAAAGCAGCCACGCAGUGUGAGUGUGCGCAUCAGUUGAGCCCUAGUGGACGUGGACAACAGGUGCACUCUACUGCCUCCCUCCACCUCGCCGCCGAUGGAUAAUGCCCACAGAGCGCCGCUCGUCGCUUUGCACAGAGCUCCCUCGUCUGUACUUUGAGCAUUUGCACGUUUUUACAUCCUGAUCGCUUCCAGACUCAAAGAGACAAAACAAAAAAAAUGCCUUUUCCGCCGAUCAGCCUCCCUCAGCGGAUCUCCUCUCCAGGCAGGGAGCUGUUCGGGAAAAAGAAAGCCACCGCGGUGCCUCCUCCUCAGCCUGAGCACACCAGCAAAUCCUGCGGAGAGAAAGCGGGGUCCGACAGGGAGAAGCAGUCCAUUUCUUGGACGUCUGCGAACUUGAGGAAUCUGGGGCGAAAAGCCCAACAGCAGAAGAGUAAAAGCCAAGACCAGAAGCCGGGUGUUGGUCAGGAGACUCAGGGAAAGUGUCCCUGGCUGAUGGUGCCCAAACCUCAGGACUCAUCGGAAGGAGUCAGGCGCUCCAGCUCCAUGGACUCCGCCAGACACAUCCAUGGCAAAGACGAAGGGAAGAAGGAGAUCCAGUUCAGCCUCAGUCUCACCCCUGAGGCCAUUCUCGUCAUCCAAAAGCGCAAUCUGGAAAAGCAGAUGCUGGCAAAGCAGCAGAAGUGUUGCGCCUCCACGGACUUUCGGCACAGGCGAGUUUUUCCAUCCAAAAAGACGCACGGAGCGUCCAAGGGCUGCGCUCCCCUGGCCAAAGCGGAGAGCGCCGAGCAGGACAUCACUGCCAUCGUCAAGAUAUCGCUGUUGAACGAUCAGUACAAAUACGACGAUGUGGAGUACGAGGACGAGGACGGAGACGUGGACGAGACUGUCGUGAGGAAAUGUAAAGAGUGGCUGAAAGGCGUCGAAAACGCCGCUGCUUUGGGCAAAGUGGACAAACUUUCUGCACUCCCGCACCUUAAAGGCUGCUGACACCUGACGUCUGACCUGACUGAACUUGAAGUGAGAAGAGACGGUGCACUCUUGGAAGUGUGCGCACCUGAGGCCUGCUGCAGUGGCAUCUCUAACGCGAGUGUAAUAAAUGUGAGGACACUGUUAUCCACGUGUCUCCAGAGGAAUGUCACCGUGUCUUGUUGGACUUCAAAAUGCGUGAAUUAAAAAAACAAAAACAAAAACAAUAAAAGGGAUAAUUUGACAGACAUGUAAAUGUUAUCUGCAGCCUGCCUCAUCCAACAGUGCUUUUUAUGGUUCACAGGGACGUUUACUUUAUUAGUUUGAUGCCUCUUCUAUGUUUGUUUUUAUAUUAUUAUUAUUAUUAUUAUUUUGUUUGUUUGAUUUGAAUUCCUUAAUGUUAAUGUCUUUUGCACAUGGAAUCUGUUUUUGAGUGGGGGGCGUCUGUGGGUCGGCACACUGGUUUGCGUAAAGGGACGCAGAAGCGUUCCUUUGUUGUUGGAGAACAAUAAGCUGUCAACACAACAGGGCUUUAUGUGCGUCUCAUGCUGCUAAAACCAAACUGGACUAUUUAUUUUCUCUGAUGAGAGGGCUUUUAUCCUCUGUUUUUAUCACUGAUGUACUGUAUUUAAUAUAACUGAACAUUUGUACUGUCAACAUUUGUUUUCUCAGCUAAUGAUUCUAUGCUGUUUUAAGUAAGUAAAAAACAAUGUUUAUUUAAUCACA